AUGGACGACGAGCGACUACCCAAACAACUCUUCUACGGAGACGUCGCGACAGGUUCUCGCCGUCAAGGAGGCGAGAUUCGCCGUUACAAGGAUACCCUGAAGUCCUCCCUGAAGCGUCUGCAAAUCAACACGACCAACUGGGAAGAGCUCGCUCGCGAUCGUCCGACAUGGAGGAGAACAGUGAAGACGGGCACUGCUAUCUAUGAGACCAACCGCAUCGCUGCCGCCAAAGUGAAACGCGAAGCCCGCAAAUCACAACUUCGCCCAGUACGCAACGCCGCCGCACAACCGCCUCCAACGUGCCCUCGAUGUCAGCGGACAUUCCGGGAUCGAAUCGGACAUGUUGGACAUCUUCGGAUCAACUGCGCCUCUCGGACUGCACCAACUAUCGUCCCCCCGCCCGUCUCUACCUCGUCCUCUCCACCGCCAACUAACUCUGACAAUUCUUCUGAACCACAACUUCCAUCAUCAUCCUCCUCUUCCUCCUCCUCCCCCUCCUCCUCCUAUACUGCCAAAACAACGGCCGUUCUUGUGGCUGUCACGCACAUCCGCAAACCUGAUACGACAACAGACACCACCCCUGAAACCUCCGACUCAAGAGGUAAGGACGAGGACUGCUCCUGCCCAAAUUGUCCACGCACAUUCACCUCUCGUCUGGGCUGGUCGGUCACUUCUAAUCCAUCGCACAGAGACUGGCGAACCAGUGCCUGGAGCACCCAAAUUUACCCCCCGUACUCGACUCCAUUGCUACCGCACUUUCACGCACGGCAUGGGCCCACUGGGCCACAUGCGCAUCCGUGAGAGCGAAACCGACCGCAGUCCCGGCACACCCACCACAUCCAACACACUCACCAUGCCUAGCCCCACCCUCACUUUAUCGUCCCGUGUGCCCAUCUCAAUCACCACCGCCAUCAUCUCCUUUGCAGCCGACACCGACACCGCCGACUUCUCAUGCCCACACUGUCCACUCACAUUCACCUCUCGCAUCGGCCUGGUCGGUCACUUGCGAAUCCAUCGCAUAGACUGGGUAAACAGUGCCUGGAACACCAACCUAAACCCACCACACUCGACUCCACUGUCCACGCUGCCCUCGCACUUUCACGCGUCGCAUGGGCUUACCCGUCCACAUGUGCAUCCACGAACUACUGCGGUAGACAACCGCCGGCUGCACCACACCACACCCUCCGUCACCACCACCUCAACACUCACCCAUCACAAGCACCCAACUGCCAUAUCCCACGCAAGUGGGAAGUGUUCAUCUCGACUCGGUCCCCGUGCGGUUUCGGCUGCACGGGUGACUUGAGUCUGAGACUAUCCCGACAUGUCAAACUUCGUAGAUAGGAAGGCUGCUGAUUGACGCCCCCACUCAGUCCACGCAGUACGUCCCGUUGUGUGCGUGCUGUGUGGAGUGGCGUGUUGGUGCGCUGGGAGACGGACUAAAACAGUACCUUCAACCCUUGUUGUAGGCUAAAUACCGUUUCAUUGAAUUUCCUCAUUCUGCCUUUGCUUCUGCUUGUUCAUUUUUGCCUGCAUUCGUCUAGUUGGUUCUGUUUGUAUUUGCUGUACACUAAAUGCCAUUCCUUAGAAUCUGUUUGCUCACCGCUUAUAUAUUUCAGAAACUAGUUCGUUCAGAGAGGGACCGGAAAACACUGCUUCCCGUCUCUCUACCCUCCCUCCAUCCCUUUCCCAUUUUCAAGUCCUACAACAAUGUCGCAGUCAAGGAGAGGAUAAUUCGGGUCGUUCUUCCACUCAACAAAAGCCGUGGCCCAUAGUGCAGUUCAGCAGCCAUCUGGGACAACUGAACAUCCCUAUUUAUGGAGAGCACUGCUUAACCCCUCGAGAGGAAGGGGCCAGAAGAGGUGCCCUAAACAAACGCUGGGAUUCACUUCGUCUGCACGUAGACCGUGACCCGCAGACACAAAACACACGGUCGAAACAAUAAAAUCCGAAACAACACACUAUCCAUUCCCCCUCUUCUUCCUCCCCACCGCCCCAUUCUGCAGAGUGUUAAGGUGAGUUCACUCACUCUGGCCGUCUGGAAUAUUCGUUACAACACACUAGAAUGGAGGACGGUGCUAGGGGAUCGCGAACUGGCGCGCCACAAGGCAGACAUCGCUGCACUCAGUAAGACCCUGUUCUCCAAACAAGGCCAGCUGGAAGAGGUGGGUGCCGGCUACAACUUCUUCUGGAACGGUUGCUCCAGGGCAGAGCUACGGGACGCGGACGUCGCCUUUGCCAUCCGGAAUGACAUCGUGGGAUGA